UCCCCGUACUCCACUGAUAACUGGAUGGAGGUUUUACUUGGAGGUGCUUGUCUGAGCUGCUGCGAUGGAAUAAGACGGCAAGAGAGGAACCGAGGGCUCACCAACUAAACAAAAGAGGAUGUAACAAACCGCGGAGCAGAAUGUCAAGUGAAACAAAAGAGACUUCUUGUUGUUAUUCGCCUCCCUGCUCGAGUCUCAGCGGACUGGACUAACCAGCAGCUAACCCGGCUAACGUUAGCUGAGUUAACGCUUGCAACAUUACGGACAGACUUUAUGAAGUGGAUUCCCCUCUUGUGUUUACAGUUUCAAGCAUCCUUGCUUGCCUGUUUGCUAGUUGGAUCUCGUUGACAUUUGCUCGCCAUGGCAGCAGUGGUUAACUACUCUCCACCAUGGUGGGUGAACAUCCUGCACAGACUUCCCCAUUUCAACUUCAAGUUCGAGCAAACAAGCAGUGAUUUCCGACCUGAGGACUGGACCUAUCAACAGUCUAUCCUGUUACUGGGAGGUGUGGCGCUCGCCUGUCUGGCCCUGGACCUUGUUUUCCUCUUCAUCUAUUCCAUUUGUCUGUGCUGCCGGCGGAAAAAAAAUGAGGACCAGCCCAACGCAGACUGCUGCUGCACAGCCUGGUGUGUCAUCAUUGCAACCCUCGUCUGCAGCGCUGGCAUUGCUGUCGGUUUCUAUGGGAACAGCGAGACUUGUGAUGGAGUGCAUCGGCUGACGUAUUCCCUGCGCCAUGCUAACCGCACAAUCACUGGGGUGGAGAAGCUGGUUUAUGAUAGUACAUCCUCAUUGAACCAGACGGUAGACAACAAUCUGCAACAGCUUGAGGUCCAGUAUGCACAGCAAGCAGACUACCUGUCCAUCAUCCAAAAGCUGCAGGGCCAGCUGGACGAGCUGGUCAAGCAGAUGGUGGAGAUCCCCUUCUGGGACAACAGCGACAUCUCCUUGGACGAGCUGGCUGUCAACAUUGAGCUCUAUGACUGGUACAGGUGGCUGGGCUACAUAGGCCUGCUACUGUUCGACGUGCUCAUCUGCCUCCUGGUGCUGUUUGGCCUCAUUCGCAACUCCAAGGGAACGCUUAUAGGGGUGUGCUUGUUUGGUGUAGUGGCUCUGGUAAUCAGCUGGGUCUCCCUAGGGCUGGUGUUGGCUGUCUCUGCGACCUCCAGUGAUUUCUGUGUGGCUCCUGACAUGUAUGUCACCAAAGUGGCAGACCAGUAUGGAGUCCUCAACCAAGAUAUCCUGCAGCACUACCUUAGUUGCAGUUUGAAACACACAAACCCAUUCCAGCAGAAGCUCUCCGGGAGCCACAAAGCCUUAGUAGAGAUGCAGGAUGACGUGUCCGAACUGCUGCGCUCUGCCACCAGAGAGUAUAAACAAAGUCAGGGAAGUCUAGAGGAGAUCCAGGGUAUACUGAACACCACAGAGAUCAGUCUACAUCAGCUCACUGCCCUGGUGGACUGCCGCAGCCUUCACAUGGACUUUGUCCAGGCCAUGACGGGACUGUGCUAUGACGGACUGGAAGGCCUCAUCUACCUCGUGCUCUACUCCUUCAUCACUGCUCUGAUGUUCAGCUCGAUUGUGUGCAGCGUGCCUCACACCUGGCACAGCAAGAGGAAUGAUGAUGACAGUGAGGAUGAGUCUCUGAGCCACGGGGGAAGGCAAAACCACGACAACCUGUACCGGGUCCACAUGCCCAGCCUGUACAGCUGUGGCAGCAGCUACGGCAGUGAGACCUCCAUCCCUGCCGCAGCCCACACCGUCAGCAACGCACCUGUCACAGAGUACAUGGCUCAGAACGCAAACUUUCCAAACUCUCGCUGUGAAAACACGCCUCUGAUAGGACGAGAGUCUCCUCCACCUUCGUACACCUCCAGCAUGCGAGCAAAGUACCUGGCCAACAGCCGACCAGAUCCCACCACCCCUCCUGCAGCAGCAGCACAUUAGACACUGGACUCAUCCUGUCUGUAGCACUGACGCCUCUGAAGUCUCUCAUCCAGUCAGUCAAUCAGUCAGUUGUUAUUUCUCAUACAUUUUAAUCACUCCUUCUGCUUUCCUCCACCAUCGCACUUGACUUAAAACGGAAAAACCAAAUGUGCUUUUCGCUGGUUGGAUGAAGCAAAACGUACAGUGCACAGACCUUUUUCUCCACAAUCCUUGGCUGAUGUUUACUGUUGCAUUGGUGCUGGGAAUUCAUCUGCAACUCUGAUGUGAUGGAGCCUGGACUGACUUUUACACUCCCGCUUAUUCUGUUUAUUGUUUUUUUUUUUACACAUGAAUGCACCAUGACAUGCACGGCAUCACAUAUAACAAGGCAUUGCAGUGUUGAGGACUCUGGAAGUGCUCCUAGGCUAACACUGAUUACUACUGGUUGUUGUUUUUUGUAAAGUACUGUAUUGCACUCUCUCCUACAGAGUAAGAAAAUGCCUUACACACAAACAUGGAAGGAAUCAACUGUUUUCUUCCCACAUAAAGCGUAAACAUUGUUUCUCACAUAACACAUAGUUGAAACUGUGGUAGAAUAGAUACAUUUGAAAGAACAACAUCUCGUCUCUCUGCUUAAAGAGAUUUGCAUCAUUCCUGCAGUUAAUGUUGCCGUACUGUAUAUCAUAUUGGCUUGUUUUUGCAUCUCGUGUUGAAAAACGAUUUCUGGGACCAGUUUUCCUGCAGUAUUGCACGUCUUACAGGUCUGGAAUUGAUUUUCUUUUUGUCUUGGGACACUUAAUUUCCUGUGGCAUUUUUUAACUACAUAGAUUAGCCACUAUUCUACAGCAGUGACUGUAAACUCUUGAAGCUGUGAACGUGAUUCUGGCACAUGCUCUCAGAGGACAAAGAUGAUGGAAAUGCAGCUGUUUGACACAAAGAGUCUCUGUAGGAUGAUGAACAAAAGAUGAGAAGUUUUUAUACUACUGGAAGCGGAAACUCUUUACAGCUCUUUGAAGACGAAGGAGAAGCAGAGGAGGACAGUUGUGCGUCUGAUGUCUUCUUCAACAUUACUCCAGACUUUCGACAGUGAUUUGCCUCUUCACCAGACUGCUUGUUAUUCUCUCCAUGUUCCUGCUCAUCUCCUUUAGAAGAAGUGGGACUUGUCCACACACACACACACACACACACACUUCACUCAGUGUGGCAAUAAUCUUCUUCACCAAAUGCAGCAGUUUAGAGCCAGAAAUUCCUCUCACUAGAAUCUUAAGUUUACGUGACAAAAUGCAUAUUGCAGUUCCUAAGAAUAUUUCAGAGAGAAACUUUAUGCAUUGGCAAUGCAGUGUCUCACAAAUGUGUUUUAGCAUUUAUAACAAAAUUAGAUCAGAGUGAGUGAAUGCUGUGAAGGGAUUGAUAACUCUGCUCUCUCUAUAAUCUGGAAAUGGUGAAAGGAAAACCUGCUGACUUCCUUUUGAAGCAUGACGAUCCUUCAAAUGCAAAGUGAGAUGUUUGUACUUCAACUUGCUUCUCUUAGAUGUGCAUUGUGACCAGUACAAGAGGUGAUUUUUUUUGAGACUGUGCCAACAAGUAAAGCACAACUCUUUUCCUAUCUGAAUAUCUUUUUAAAUGUCUUUACUUGAGGCCACUUUGCAGAGUUGACAGCUCCUGGUUGCCUGUGAAUUCAAAGGAGAACAUGAGCCUGACUUUUUCCAAUCAUUUAUGCUCCGUAAAACAUUAUUACACUGAUGCAGUCUUUCUGUUUUUGGGUAGUAGUCAUAUUCUCUUUGUUGUUUGUAACGCAAGGCAGUUGUACAGAUUAUAAACAUUUACAAAAUGCAAAAAAAAAAAAAAAGUGACCGAAAAUUACAUUUCAUUUUUAAUUUCUUAAAAAAAGCUUAUUCCACUUUUUUUUUAAUUUUCUAUUUGAUUUGCUUUUACUCUCUUUUUUUUGGUUCAUUUUAGAUUCUCUAGCAAGCACAAUGUGAUGCUUCUUAAUGUGAAUACGGUAAAUAGAUUUUAAUUUUUGAGUUGUUUUUUUUUUCUGGAAAAAAAAAUCACUGUAGAUGUUUUUGUUUUGGGUUUUUUUUUUUACAUCAUUUUUUUUGCAUUCUCUAAAAUGUGUACAUGUUAAACCUGUGGUUCUAUUGAGCUUGAAUGCUGUGUUUUAAAAUUAAACAAAUCUUAACUGUAAUAAA